AUGGGAUAGUGUUAAGUACCACAAAUGCAAUAAAUUGAAGAUGAUUUUGCUGCUAUCUAAAGAAAUGCAUAAACACUAAAAGCAGUGCCUGAAAAAUUAAAUCAAUUAGAGGCAUAAAUUAAUGGUAUUAAAAGCACAGCCGAACAAGUAAAAUAUUCCUCUUAUCUACCUAGCUCACUAAUUCAGUUAAUAGCAUAAUGCACACCAUAGAAAAUAUAAAAAAGAGUCUCCCAUGA